AUGGACGUGGACGUGGACGUGGACGUAGACGUGGACAUGGACAUGGACGUGGACGUGGACGAAGACAUGGACGUGGACGUGGACAUGGACCUGGACAUGGACGUGGACGUGGACGUGGACGUGGACAUGGACAUGGACGUGGACGUGGACGUGGACGUGGACAUGGACGUGGACAUGGACGUGGACUUGGACGUGGACGUGGACGUGGACGUGGACGUGGACGUGGACAUGGACGUGGACGUGGACGUGGACGUGGACGUGGACAUGGACGUGGACGUGGACGUGGACGUGGACAUGGACGUGAACGUGGACGUGGACGUGGACGUGGACGUGGGCGUGGACGUGGACAUUGUCGUGAACGUGGACGUGGACGUGGACGUGGUCGUGGACGUGGACGUGGACGUGGACUUGGACGUGGACGUGGACGUGGACAUGGACGUGGACGUGGAUGUGGACAUGGACGUCGACGUGGACGUGGAGGACUUGGACGUGGACAUGGACGUGGACGUGGACGUGGACGUGGACAUGAACGUGGACGUGGACGUGGACGUGGACAUGGAGGUGGACGUGGACGCGGGCUUCUGGACCAAGCAAGCUCCUGGACGAGGCAAGCUCCUGGACCAGGCAAGCUUCUCGACCAGGCAAGCUCCUGGACCAGGCACGCUCGUGGAACAGGCACGUUCCUGA